AUGGUGUGUGGUGAAUUGAAUCUUGUUGCUGCUGCUGCUAACUGCAGUAUACUGCUUGUAUGGCUAUCGAUCCCGGCGCAAUGGGAUCGAGAACCAAUUGUGGUUUACAGCACGCCGCCAGCAAGGCGGAUCUCGGUGCCUACUACAAUCGGCAGUGGCAACACGACUGAGAAUCUCUACUCUGUUGAAAGGCUUCGCGCCGAACUCAUCUUAGAUGGCCAAUUCAACGAUAUGAAGCUCUUUCAAGACAGCGUGCAUAAUUUCAGACACCAUUUCGUAAUGCAUACGCCGCAGAAACAGCAAGGCAUCGUGAAAGCCGUGAACGCAAAUAAGCUACUGGUUUCUCAGAGCCAGACACGAAGAUACGGAGGAACUGCUCCUGGAUUAGGGAUCUCGAACACUCCGUGCCAGUACAUGGGACAUUCUAUAAAUGCUUGCCCAUAUCUGACUGAACGCAGGACUCAUUUCGAUUUCGUGAUACAUCUGAACGAGUAUCGGCCAGCAAAAUGGGAGACGCGUGUCGCAGUUUUGCCUGCACUACCAGAGCGCAAGUGUAAAAAUACAAUAAUCGGCAUUGUUGACUCGAAUCCAAACUCUCAAUAUGGUCUAAAACAACUUGCAUGGCAUUGCUCAUCGAGCUUACAGGCACGUUCAUGUACCACUCUGCAAGAGCUCUUGCACGCUCGCAUACCCUUACACGGCAUCAGCAUGCCCGCAGAUCCAAGCACAUGUAACGUAAAUCUUCUAAAGUGCCUGAUCGCAGUGUAUCGCUCUCGUAUCCAGCUACUAAACGGAUUUGUACCCCACAAGCCACGAGGCCCAAAUCCCGCAACAACACUUCCAGUAAGCAAGAGAGCAUUACUGACACGACGGCUGUUGAAAUCGAGUCAGCCUGCACGAUUCGUAGAAGACAUAUGUAGUGUACCUGUGACUGUCUCUACUGUGUCUAGCCAGCCCAAGUCUCCUGCUCCUUCCACUAGUAUUGCCCCGCUGCCGCUACCGACUCCUACAAACAAGUCUCCGAUACCACCACUAGCACCCAUCCGAGCUCUCUCCUCGUCGUCUAUGCCCAACACCACCAUUCCACCCCUCCGAAUCCUCGUUGUCGAAGACAACACCAUAAAUCAACUGGUAAUAACCAAAAUGCUGACGCGGCUCGGCCAACGCAUACCAGACAUAACUAUAGCAAACGAUGGUGCGGAGGGUUACGAAAUGAUUCAAGCAAAUCCAAACAAGUACGAGGUGGUACUGAUGGAUAUUACAAUGCCGCGGAUGGAUGGAUAUGAAUGCACGCUAGCUAUACGAUCUCGGUGUAUGGACGGAGUUGCGCCAUGGAUUAUUGGAUUGACUGCAAAUGCAUUCUGGGAGGAUCGAGUUAGGUGCCAUCGGGUUGGGAUGCAGGAUUUUGUGUCAAAGCCGGCAACGCUGGAAGAUUUGAAGCAGGCGUUGCAGCGAUAUGUAGAUCAGAGGAAUUUAUGA